AAAAAUAAUGGUCUCUCUCUCCAUCUCCAAGGAUUGAAAAUUGAAAUCCCUGGUUCAUUCUCGCUUCAUAGCAAUAACCAACCAAAAAAAAAAAAAAAAUGGCAAAUGUAUUGAAGGGUGGCAGUGCUGUUAUGCUCUCAUUCAUCUCUUCUUCACGUACCACCACAACACUCUCACGAACAAUCACCAAUUACUCAUUCCUACCCAAAUUCCCUUUUCUCUCACUCUCAUCCUCUUCUCGCCCCAAAACUCCAUCUAGUUUCUCUUCAUUUUGCACUCUUUCUUCUUCACCGGAGACAGUCACAGAACCCAUCUCUGUCGAAAACAACGGCGAAAACAAUGAGAAGAGUAGUAUUAAAGAUGCUGCUGGGUUGCUUGAUAUAAGGGUUGGUCAGAUUGUGAAAGCAUGGAAACAUGAUGAAGCUGAAAGUCUUUAUGUUGAAGAGGUUGAUAUUGGUGAGUCUGAACCUAGAAUCAUUUGCAGUGGUCUUGUCAAUUAUAUCCCUCUUGAAAACCUUCAGGGCAAAAAAGUUAUUGUUCUUUCGAAUCUGAAGCCAAGGAAUAUGCGUGGCGUCAAGUCUUCAGGAAUGUUGAUGGCUGCUUCUGAUUCAAAGCAUGAGAAUGUUGAACUUCUGUGCCCUCCCGAGGAAGCAACUCCUGGUGAAAGAAUAUGGUUUGGAUCUGAAGAUGAAAAGGACAAUCAACCUGAUGCUGCCAAACCCAAUCAGAUACAAAAGAAAAAGAUAUGGGAAUCGGUGCAGCCUCAUCUUAAAACAGAUGGUUCUUGUACUGCGAUGCUAGGCGAGCAUGUUAUGCGUACAUCUGCAGGUUCAGUAGUAUGCCAGUCUUUGCAGAAUGCAAAUAUCUCCUGACCUACACUCAGAUUCUUACUUUACGCAUCAGAAUUAGCACUACCCAUCCGUAUGCAAUUCUUCUUUUUUAGCUCAUACAUGAACAUUUGUUCUAUAUGUACUUUUUUUUUAAAAUAAUUUUAAAUUGUUUUUCAGUAGUUUCGUUUGGAAAUAAUGAUUUCACCGUAGCAUAAAUAUCUUGUCGUGGCGGUAAAUGAUUUUACAUUGAUUA